AUGACGCGUUUAUUACCGAGAUGCCUGCCUCUGCAGAGGAAGCCGACGAGCACAGCGACAGCAAUGUAUAGGAAUGCAUCCCAAACAAUCACUCCACAAGAGAGGCACGGUCUGAAUCUGACCCCCACUCAUCCUGUUCCUAUCGAAGCCAGGGGGAAUCGUGCCAUCAGCUGGCCUCCGGUGGGUGUGCUCUUAUCUCGUUCUUCUCUAGUACAACUGGUCAAGGAGAGCAAGAGCGGCUGUCUCUCACUGCUCGCGGCAACACAUCAGCCUGACGGAAGAGCAGUGGCACGUGUACUCCGGCUAAUGUUGGUAGGAUUUCUCCUAGUUUGUGCAACCGUGCUGGCAAAGGACAGCGGGAAGGACACAUGCUUCCCGGGCUACACCCUCAACACUGAUACAAAGAAGUGCGACAGGAACUCAGAUACACACUGCGUUGAGCACUAUUCUCGGUGUCCUUCCACAGUGAACGACUUGAUCUGCAUCCGCGCUGUCUUGCUGCGGCGCCUCUGGGUGCGCUCCAGCUAG